UACUCGAGAUAUAAUUAUAAUAAAUUUUAAAUUUUAGAAUUUGAAAAAUAUUCUAUCAUGUUAACUAUCUGAAAACAAAAUGAUUAAUUCUUUUGCUCCUUUUUCGUCCACAAUAAGGUAACAAUUGAUGGUCAAUUCUUUGCCUUUCGGGGAAAAAAAAAAAAAAAGAUGUAACGAGAAUUAAGAUUACAGAUUAUUCUGGUUUCAAAAAAAAAAAAAAGAUUACAGAUUAUUCUUAUAUUGGUAAGUCUAACGGUAAGAAAAUCUAAACAGUAUCUCAACUAUGGCAAUGUCCAUGAUAACCUCUUCAACAUUAAUUGCCCCACCACACCACAUCCAUCUCUCUCUCCUUCCCUCCUUCCUUCCCUCCCUCUCUGCCGCGUAUAUAUACACACAGAAAUAAGCACCCUCUAUGACAAAAAGAAAAAGAAAAAAAGAAAUAAGCACCCUGUCAUCUCAAAGUUCUCCUACAUUGAUAUUGUUUCUUGUUAUUUCCUCUGCAAAGUUGAAUUCAACAAACAUGACGCAGAAAAAAACAAUGGGGCGCAGAAAAAUCGAGAUGAAGAGAAUCGAGUUAAGAAAAAGCCGGCAGGUCACGUUCUCGAAACGCCGCAACGGACUCUUUAAAAAAGCUAGUGAAUUGUGUGUUUUAGCCGGUGCUCAGAUAGCCAUUCUCGUUCAAUCUCCGGGGAACCAUGUCUAUGCUUUCGGUCACCCUGAUGUCGAUUCAGUCAUCGACGCUUAUCUCGGAAAUAACGUCUCAAAUUCACUGAUGAAAAACUCUCUUCUCGAAGAGUAUAAUGACAAGUACUUGGAGAUGGCUUAUGAAUUGGAAGCAGAGAAGAAUAAAUUAGAUGAUGUGGAAGAAAGUGGUGAAUCUUGGUGGGAAAAUUCUUUUGAAGAUUUGGAGAUUGAUGAGCUUGAGAAUUACAUUGAGUCGAUGGAGAAACUGAAGAAUAAUGUGUUAAAGAGAGCUGAUGAGUUGAGGAAUUUGGCUGUGAGUCCUUCGUUUGACACGAAUACGAAUGCAAGUAAUGUGGAUGGAUUACUUGAUGAUCAAGUUGCCUUGCCUGAUUUAGAUGAUCAAGUAGUCUUGCCUAAUUUGGAUGAGUUUCUUCCAUAUGAAGUUGGGGUUACUAAUGCAGAUAUGAUGAUGAUGCAGGCUUUUCAUAAUUCCAUCGGGUUUAAUAAUUAUAGUUUUGGGUAUGGUGAAUUAUUUUUUGAUGAUGGUGGUGAUGGUAAUAAUCAGGUUUCAAGUGAUUCUGGUACUUUUGGGGUUCCUGAUGUGAAACAUCUCUGAGAGGGUUUGAUUCCAAGUGAAGUGAAGGCUUACUUAGCUUGAUUUGAUCAGGAUUAGUUACUAAUUUUGAGUAAUUAGGAGCUCAGAUUUAAUUAGUUAGUUUCAAGUGGUACUUGAAGGUUUUUGGAUGAUAAGAUUGAAA